UCUCAAAUGGACAAAUAGGAAGCAAUUUCACAAAGCACUUUCACAAAAAGCUAGCUAUCUACUUUGACGGUUUGGUUCAGUAACAAUGAACACCACCAUGGAUUCAAAGAAAUCUAACAAGAUCAGAGACAUUGUCAGGCUCCGACAGAUUCUCAAGAAGUGGAGAAAGAUUGCUAACUCAUCAAAUGCAAUCUCCGGCACCACCGCCGCCACCACUGCAACUAGCAGCAGCAAGAGCAUCAAGUUUUUGAAGAGGACACUUUCUCUGCCUGAAAAAACAACGACUUCAUUUGAAGCAUCAAACAAUGCUGCUGUCCCCAAAGGCUACCUUGCUGUCUGUGUUGGGGAAGAGCUCAAGAGGUUUGUCAUCCCAACUGACUACUUGGGUCGGCCGGCUUUCCACAUUCUGUUGAGGGAGGCGGAGGAGGAGUUCGGGUUUCAGCAGACCGGCGUUCUGAGGAUUCCAUGUGAGGUUUCUGUGUUUGAAGGUAUUCUGAAGAUGGUGGAGGAAGACAAGGACAUGUUCUUCAAUAAUAUGGGAGGCUGCUCAUCAUCUGAGGGCCAGCUCAACUUUUCUCACCACCCAGAAAGCCCAAUGUGCAGAUAGGGUUUUGAACGUUUUUUUUUUUCCUACCUUUUCUUUUACUCCUCAAGAUCUUAUCUUUCAGAUAAGAAGGAGGUGAAAGAGAUUUGAAGUUGAGUUAUGUAAAUUAUCCUCUGAUGCAUUUUGUCAGGCAUCCAAUUCCAAUUCAACAUCUGAUUUUCUGAGACA